AUGAGAAAGUCAUUCAACCCAGCACAAGACAUUGGAAGCCUCGAAGGCAAAGUCAUCCUCGUCACAGGCGGCAACGCCGGCCUAGGCAAACAAACAAUCGCCUACCUCUCCGCCCACAACCCGGCCCGCAUCUACCUCGCCGCGCGCUCCGAAUCCAAAGCCCGCGAAGCCGUAACCUCGAUCAAAUCCUCCGUCCCCAAUGCCUGCGAAAUCGUCCACCUGCCCCUUGAUCUAACCUCCUUCACCUCCAUCGCCGAAGCCGCGUCAACCUUCAAAGCGCGCGAAUCCCGUCUCGAUAUCCUCGUCAACAACGCAGGUAUCAUGGCGACGCCGUAUAGUACCACGAAAGAAGGGUACGAGAUACAAUUCGGCACGAACCACAUGGGCCACGCGCUGCUUACCAAACUGCUGCUACCAACGCUGUUGGACACGGCGAAACUACCCGGCGCAGACGUUCGGGUAGUGAAUCUGAGUAGUCGGGGGCAUCUUCUCGCCGUGUCCAAGGGCAUAGAAUUUAACCAAGCGGCGCUUGAACAGGAGAGUUCGUGGCGCCGCUACGGGUCGUCGAAACUGGCUAAUGUGCUUUUCGCCCGCGAGCUGGCCGAGCAGUACCCGCAGAUUACGAGUGUCUCGUUGCAUCCGGGUGUUAUUCUCACGGAUCUGUUCAACGCCGUACGCGCGAAUGUGUUUUUGAAGGUCGGAUUGUGGGUGUAUGGCUUUUUGGGCUUGUUUUUACCCGGCCAUUAUAGGAGUCCAGAGGGGGGCGCGUUGAAUACUACGUGGUGUGCGACGGUGAGCAGGGAGGAGUUGGAGAAUGGCGCGUAUUAUAUGCCGGUGGGGGUCAAGGAUGCGGGGAGUAAGUGGGUGAGGGAUGAGGGGUUGAGGAAGAAGUUGUGGGAGUGGACGGAGGGGGAGUUUGUGAAGCAUGGGUAUUAG